CCGGCUAGCAUAACCUGCUCCAUCCGCUAUCAUCAGCGACGAACAAAGACGGCGAUCAGAACCAACAAAAUCCAGCCUCAAUAAUCGGAACAGAAACCUGUCAUGAUGUUUCCACAAUCCAGGCACUCGGUUCCAGUUUGGUGUAAUGUGAUGGGCUUUGAAGGCACAGCUUCAUCACAGCAGCUGAAGUUCACAACGUCAGACUCCUGCGACCGCAUCAAAGACGAAUUCCAGUUCCUCCAAGCACAAUAUCACAGUCUGAAGCUAGAAUGCGACAAACUGGCCAGUGAGAAGUCGGAGAUGCAGCGUCAUUAUAUCAUGUACUACGAGAUGUCAUAUGGACUAAACAUUGAAAUGCACAAGCAAGCAGAGAUUGUGAAGAGAUUAAAUGCAAUCUGUGCUCAAGUCCUGCCUUACCUGUCUCAAGAGCACCAGCAGCAGGUCCUGGGAGCUAUAGAGAGAGCCAAACAGGUCACACCACCUGAGAUGAACUCCAUUAUCCGGCAGCAGCAACUUCAAGCACACCAGCUCUCCCAGCUGCAGGGGCUGGCGCUGCCUGUGACUCCGCUCCCCCUGGGCCUGAGUCAGCCGAGUGGCCUGCCCACGGUCACCUCAAGCUCCGCCCUCUUCUCCCUUUCCAGCAUCCUGGCAUCACAGGCCCAGCUCGCCAAGGAGGAAAAGAGUGCCAGGGACGCCUCAGACAGCCACCGUGACGACGACGCAGACAAGUCCGACUAGACACCGCUCCUCCGCCUGCCAUUGGUUGUGACCUCAUCCUCCAGGGCUCGCUUACGGCACAAACGCGUCGUCGUUCUUUCUUUGUCCCCGACGCUGUAAAUUGCUCUCGUGAUCUUGAUCGUCUGUUCUUGGUCAUUCCACUAGCUUUAUAUUCAGCAGUCUACAUUUUCUUUUUAUAUAUUUACUAUAUAUUUAGUUUUUUUUUUUUUUCUGCCAUCUCUGAGUGUGUGUGUGUGUAUGUGUACAGUAUGUACAAAUAUACACAACC